UUCAUGACUGCCUUCUGUAUUGCUCGAUUCGAUUCAGAUAUUACUCGUCGAGCAUCAUCUCAGUGCAAAACAAGCGCUCGCUGUUGAAGCGAUGCGUAUAUAAUUAUCAACUUCCGCUGGGUUUCCUAUCCUGGAGCCGCGGCCAAUCACUCUUGUUAGCUUGAUAUCGUCUUAUCUCUGGCAGCCCUCCAUAAGGACGGAUUUGUCGGUAGCGACGAGUUGAAGCCGUUGGUCUCCCGAAGCGUCCAUGUUUGCCGCCGUCACCAUCACUCUUGUCCUGCCCUUGGUUAUAGCACACCAGCAUCACCUCAACGGCGCGGUCGCCGUCGCGGACGUGACAACCAAAGAAUGGUACACGAAGUUCGGCCCCCAGGCCGACCUGCCCUUCAGUGGCCCGGCGAGCUUCAACCACUUCCCCUACGCGCGCUGCCCGGAGGACGCGCGCGAUGCCUUCGACAUCGCCAUCCUGGGCUUCCCGUUCGACAACACCGUCACGAACCGCCCCGGCGCGCGCUUCGGGCCGCGCGCGAUACGGAUUGCGAGCGGGGGGGCUGGGUACACGCUGGCAUGGGGCACGAGUCCGAUGGACUGGGGCAGUGGGGCGCGCGGAUCAUGGAUUGCGGAGAUGUGCGUCCGCGUCGAUCCGUCGAUGUCGAUAUGCGUUGAGCUGCGGGCAGGUGCCGCUGUCGGCGUUUGACAAUGCGCAGGCUCUGGACCAGAUGGAGGUCGCGUACUCGACGCUGCUUGGUCGGCCGGUGCAGGGGGAGACCAAGUCCAGUACGGCUGCUUUGUCGAAGGACGGCAGAGAGCACCCGCGUAUCGUCACGCUUGGGGGCGACCAUACUAUUGUGCGCUUCACGGAUGCUCUUCGUACCGCUCCCUGAACUGCGGCAGGUUUUACCCAUUCUUCGAUCUCUUCACCAAGUGUCAUCCACUUUGAUGCGCACUUUGACACGAGCAUGAUUACCACUGACGGUCCUGGUCGCCUGCACCACGGCUCUUAUUUCACCAUCGCUCACGAGGAGGGACUGCUAUCGAAUACGAGUAUUCAUGGCGGGAUCAGGCAGCAUGCAAGUGCUGGGAUCUCUGCUCCGGCUCUAGACCUGACAUUUGUCCAGAAAGAGAGGUCGAUUAUCCCCCAUGACGAGUCCCUUGGAUUCGCUGUGAUCACCACCGAAGAUCUGGACGACUACGGUCUCGAGGCCGUGGUGAGAACCAUCCGCCGACGAGUCGGAAACACCCCCGUCUACCUGAGUCUGGAUAUCGACACCAUUGACCCCGGAAUGGCCCCUGCCACGGGCACUCCUGUUGACGGUGGCUGGAGCACACGCGAGAUGAAGCGGAUCCUGCGGGGCCUUUCAGGGCUCAACUUUGUUGGAUGCGACGUCGUCGAGGUCUCACCGGCGUACGAUCUCGCUGAGAUCACGUCUAGAGCGGCUGCUGGGUUUGUCAACGACUUUUUGCAGAUGAUGCAGAUGGAGACGCCGCCGAAGCCGCACUCGGGCCCGUUUCUGGAAUGAGUCGACUAGAAUUUGAGUUUGUGCAUGUCCAUUAGAGACGAGCAAUAGUCUGCAUGUCAGACCAUGAGUGCGCGAGUGGGUGAUCGGUCCUGAUAAUUUCUGAGUCCAUUGAAUGAUUCCCAGCUUCGUGCGCACACCCAAGCUAUGGAUAGCAGAUCCGUUGAGACAAUUGUGCACAGAAAGUUGUCUUAUCUUGAGGGUGUGAACGUGAAGCGUGGAAUGAGGAUAUAUCCCCGCUUA